UCAUUCGUUUGUUCGUUCGAAUCAUUGUCGCCGUCGCGUUGUCGCCUCACUCGCGUUAUUCGUCGUCAUCUUCAUCCUGCCGCUCGCGUUCGGCAUUAUUCGCUCGUCCGAUUAGCCCCCUUCCCCCCUCCCCGCCGCCACCACACUACCGCCGCUGUCGCCGCCGUGUGCCCCUCCGCCCCUGUGGGAAACAUAUCUACGAGAGCUAGUAGUGCUGGGCAGUGCUGGUCGUCCACAACAGUGCAUAGGCACCGCCGUGUCGGUUUCUCUCUCUCUCUCUCUCUCCCUCUCUCUCUUCCCCCCCUCCCCACUAUCUAUUUAUCUCUAUAUCUAUCUACCUAUCUCUAUCUUUCUCUGUGACCGCUCUCGAUUGCGCCUAUCUUCUCGCGUGAAUACACGCUUCUUUGUCACGGACCGUGCCAAAUGUCAUCGGGUGGACCUUAGGCGCAUAUGCAUACGUAUGUAUGCAUACGUAAAUACACAUUGAGGGGCGUGAAUGUAUGGAUGUGUACGUGUAUGUAUUGUGCGUGCGUGCGCCGAAGUAGAGAGACAUAUACGCACACACGUAUGUACGGGAUGCCCUGUACGCGACGAGGAAGCGAAGGGACCUCAGCUGGCGCAUUCUAGUGGACGUUCGGUGUAAUCUUGCGGUGAAUGUGGUGAUGCGCGGGUGAGGAAGGAGCAGCAGGAAGCAGCGAGAGAGAGAGAGAGAGAGAGACACACAGAGAAAAGUACACCACAAGUGCCGUGGCAGGAAGGAGGAACAAACGAAGAAUAGGAGCAGUCCGGUUCAUCGCGACUGCGUGGUGAAACGCACUUUUUCACGUGUUCAAAGAGACAGUGGACGAUAAAGGAAUAUACACUCGGACGGGAGGAUUCGAAUGGAAAAGCGAAUUUAUUCCUAAUCUCGCAGAAUUAUCAGUUCAACGGAUGUGCUAACAACUCGAAAGCGAAGUGGAAACACGUAAUCGGCGGGCGAAAUUGUCAAGUGGAGUGCGAAUCGGGAACGAAUUUAUCAAUCCACGUAAAAAUUCGCAACGACAGCUGACUGCAAAGAAGGGAUUAAUCUGAAAUCGUCGUGGAUUCUCAUUCGCGCAAGUGUCGCUUGAAGGCCCUCCGAAGAUCGAGUAAGAGCGAAGCAAAGGAAAAAAUAAGUGCAGGACGCGUUUUGCGUAUUCUCGUUUAUUCGCUGCCGCCAUCGCCGUUGCUGUCGCCGUCAUCGUUCGCAAAGGAUUGGGUGCACGCACGCUCACUCGGUGCGCGUGGUUAUCGCUACUCGUGCAAGCUUGGUGCGCGUCGGUGCGUGAGUACGAUUACGCAGACCGAAGAUAACCGAAGCGCGGCGAAGUCGCCCGAGGCGGCGCGGUGGCCGCGAAGAGAGACCACGACGACGAUCGCACUACGUAUCUCGCGAACCGCCGCUCCCCCCCCCCCCCCCCNUUUUCCUUCGCAUGUGUGUCUAUUCUUUGUGAGCGAGUGUGUGUGUGUGUGUGCGUGCGUCGUGCGUGCGUGCGUGUGUUACGUCGCGCGUGGCGCGGGAACGCGCGGGAAGAGGAACGAGCAUAAACGGAAGUUGCCAGGAAUACGCCAAACCGAGGAAAUAUGAGCAUUGCUGCCCUACUGCAGGCUGCCGAGUACAUUGAACGAAGGGAAAGAGAAGCUGAACAUGGCUACGCUUCAACAUUGCCGAUACCCGAUGAUAUGCGGACUAUUACAAAGAGGCCAAAGACGAAGAAGUCCCAAGGCAGCAGAACAACGCAUAACGAACUGGAGAAAAAUAGGAGAGCCCAUCUUAGGACUUGCCUCGAAAAGCUGAAGUUGCUAGUGCCGCUCGGGCCUGAAACCUCGAGGCAUACCACGUUGGGCCUCUUGACUAAGGCUAAGCGUUUUAUCAAGAACCUGGAGGACCGUGAGCGCAAGCACGCUAUACACAAGGAGCAGCUGUCGCGCGAGCACAGGUUCCUAAGGCGACGGCUCGAGCAGCUGACGAGCCAGACCGGCCUCCACGGCCUUCACGCGCUCCACGGCCUCCACGGGUUAAGCUCGAGCGCGCCGACCGGCUCCACCGCCGCCGCCUCCGCGGCGUUACUGUCCAAGCGGCGCAGCAUCUCCGAAUGCUCCCUGGGCACGGCGUCCGUCAGUUCCACCAGCAGCUCCCGAAACUCCGACAGAUCCGCGGGCAGCCCUUCCGUCUCGGAAUCCGAUGAAGUGGACGUGAUUGGUUACACGAGCAACCAAUCGGACACCGACGAUCAUAGUAGCGUACAGAGUAGUAGCGACAGCGGUGUCGCAAUGUCUACUUCCAGAUUGACCCUUUCCGAGAUGAUGGACAAUCUUUAGACACGGCGCGGUGGUAACAGAAGAAGAAGUUGAAGAAGAAGGAGGAAGAGGAGAAGGAAGAGCAAAAGGGAGAAGAUCCAUCGUGUACGAAGAUCGACGACGCGAUCAUACACACACAAGAUAUCGAUUCACACACACACACACACACACACACAUUCAAGUGCGCACGCAUAUUAUACAUAUAGAGAUUCGUAUUCAUACAACUUUGUCCUAAAAUUGUUUGCAAGGCAACGUUGAAGGAGGUUUUUGAGAGCUCGCUAGUUUGUGUUCGUGAUUUUGCAAAGCCGUUCGUAAGGUAAAAGAGCCCAGAGGACGUCUUUCGCCUGAUAUAAAAGGAAAGAAGAGAAUAGAAGAAACGGAAAAUCUAAAUUUGGCGAAAUAAAUACAUCGUCAAUAAUUUUCAAAAUUUCUCUGCAAACUAAACUAGAAUAUCGAAUAAAGGGGGGUAGGAAGGGACAAUAACAUGAUACUCAAGGGGGAUGAAUAUUGAUAAAAGUCAAUGACUUUCUGGAAAUUGCGAACACAAAUCCGAGAAUUCGAAUACAUUUUUUAAUUGAAAUUCGAUAAAAUAUGGCUCACAACAGAGUGAUGGAUACUUUAAAACAAAGUUAAGCAAAAAAGAAUUGCAAAAGCGGGGGAAGAGAAAAGUGGAAGAUACAAGAAGAUUAACCUAAAAAGAAGAAAGAAAACAUGAAAGACAGGAGAAAAUAAAGUAGAGGGGACUAGGAAGAUAAGAAAAAAAAAGAAGAAAAAAGUACGAAGGAAAGGAGAAACUUCUACCGAAGAAGGCCAGCGAAAUUUUUCGGAAAUUGUGAGAAUAAACUGUAAGAUUCGAACAUAUUUUCCGAGCAAAACAACAAAAGAAUGCGGCAUACAAUCAAAAGAAAAAUAAAAAUAAAAAGCAAAUUUGAGAAAAAAGGGA